AUGAGUUUAUUUAUUCGUAACUACAAGCCGGGUAGCGUUUACAACGCUCAGAUAAUAUGGCGUUACCAUUCAAACAAAGUUGAUAUGGCCAAGAAGGAGGAAGAAGAAGAAUUUAGAGUAUUGGACAUUCUGAAGACUAGGACGAGAUUACAGAAAAAAGUGGCCAGGAGGACUGAUAUACAGCCGGAUAGAUCGGAAAAAAUGAAGACGGAUCAGAAUUGGGGCAACGUAUGGCCGGGUCCGAGAUCGUUUCACCCAUCAUCAGUUCCACUACCGAUGAGGCAAGGAUAUGUACCCAAAGGUCAGGCUCCACCAGGAAAAAAAGCAAAUGCCGAACUAAUGAAAGUCCCAAACUUCCUUCAUCUAACGCCUCCAGUGAUAAAAAUGCAGUGCGAAGCUAUAAAAAAAUUCUGCACACCAUGGCCCGAGCUAUUGAAUAACGAAGAGGCUAUAGAAAAAAACUACCCAGUAGAAAUCAUUACAUCGGAUUACUGUCAUGCCAGCCCAACGAUUCGUAACCCACUAUCAAGAAUAGCUACAUUGAGGAUCAAAUUGUCAGAUCUUAAGCUAGAUAAGCAUGCUAGGGACAAGUUUUUAAGAUUGGUCGGUGAUAAAUAUAAUGAGAGCACCGAUUUGGUGACAAUCACAGCGGACAGAUGUCCGAUAAGAAAACAGAAUCUGGAUUAUGUCAAUUAUCUGUUAACAGCAUGCUAUUAUGAAAGCUGGAAUGUAGAAGAUUGGGAGAAAGAUAAAACUCUAGAAGAUAUGGAGUAUUAUGAUUUUGACCAGAAUCCGUCUAAAGCUAAUUUAGUGUCUUGGUUCAUGAGGGUAUCGAAGAAAGGUGAUUUAUCUGAUGAAGAAAUCAAGGUUUUUGAUAUAAAUAAUAUACCACACGGCCCAGAAUAUAAGAAAGCUGUUUCUGAUUUGUUCAACAACUCAGAAAGUGAUCAAACUCUUCAAGAUUAUGAUGCCGCUGUAAGAAAAUUGCUUGGUCUGCCUGAGAAAAAAGUAGCUCAGUGA